CUGCGCGGGAGGUGCUGGUGGUAGCGGCAGUGGCGGCGGCGGCGGCGCCGGGCGGUGAAGUUGGUUAAAGCGCCGGUGGUAAAAUGCAUAAGCUUAAAUCAUCUCAGAAGGACAAGGUCCGCCAGUUUAUGGCGUUUACUCAGGCUGGGGAAAGGACUGCUAUAUACUGCUUGAUGCAGAAUGAAUGGAAGCUAGAAGUGGCAACAGACAACUACUUCCAGAAUCCAGAUUUGUACUACAAAGAAUCCAUGAAGAAUUCAGUAGACAGGAAGAAAUUAGAACAACUGUAUAAUCGAUACAAAGACCCACAAGAUGAAAAUAAAAUUGGCAUUGAUGGAAUACAACAGUUCUGUGACGAUUUAAGCCUGGAUCCUGCCAGUAUCAGUGUUCUGGUCAUAGCGUGGAAAUUCAGGGCGGCUACUCAGUGUGAAUUCAGUAAAAAGGAAUUUGUAGAUGGCAUGACAGAGCUGGGGUGUGACUCCACAGAAAAACUAAAAGCUCUAUUGCCACGACUGGAACAAGAACUGAAGGAUCCAACAAAGUUCAAAGAUUUUUAUCAGUUUACUUUUAACUUUGCAAAAAAUCCUGGACAAAAAGGUCUAGAUCUAGAAAUGGCAAUUGCAUACUGGAAUUUAGUCUUGUCAGGAAGGUUUAAAUUUCUAGAUCUUUGGAAUAAAUUCUUGUUGGAACAUCAUAAAAGAUCAAUUCCAAAAGAUACUUGGAAUCUUCUGUUAGACUUUGGAAAUAUGAUUGCAGAUGAUAUGUCCAACUAUGAUGAAGAAGGAGCGUGGCCUGUUCUUAUAGAUGAUUUUGUGGAAUAUGCACGACCGGUAGUCACAGGAGGAAAGCGUAAAACUUCCUAACCGCAGACUCAUCAACGUGGACUAAAUGCACAGUCUGAACUGCAUUAGGAUAAGUGGAGCAUAACAAAUGCAUGUGGCUUGAGGCUUUUUGACUUAAUAAUCCAAGGAGGAAGGUGCUCAGCACAGCGUUCUAUUUCCAUACGGACACUAUUGUUUGCCACUCUUAAGCCUUGCAACAGAAGAGGACUGGGUAAAAGUGUAGCAGGAUUUUUAUUUUUCUUUUGCUCUUUCCAGUCUUUUACCCACUUGAAACCACCUGUGCACUUUACCUUCCUAUAAAUAUGGAAUAAAUAUGGAUUGUUCAAGCUUGAACAAUCAUAAAAGUAAAUGCAAAUAAACUGCUUUCGGAUAAUGACUUCCUUUUGAAUUCUAGUAUUUGCUGCUGUUUACUCUUACACUUCACAGUACUCUCUGACUCAGUUUUUUUAUAUACUGGUAAUGCAUAGGCUGAUCAAUUUAUAAUUAUAAAUGGUACAGAAAUCUUUAAGUUGUUCCCUGCAUACCAUAUUAGUUCCUAGAUAAGCUGUUUGUAUUUGUUAAAGUUGUUGCCAAGUUGGUUGGUUUUACAUCCUAGAGCGUUUGAAACUGAGCCAUAGGAUUUGUACUUGCCAAUUCUAAAUUUAAAUGUAAUUUAUCAUGUGUGUCAUUCCAAGAAGAACACACCCGCAGGCAUCCAUUUGUGCAAUGCACCUGGGAGCUUUGCUGCCAAACGAGCUGUACGUGUGUGAAUUUUGUGGCAAUGGAAAAAAAGGAAUAAAGGGACUUGGAACAUAA